GGGCAAAUGUGCCAGUCAACAGCUUCAACCACAAGCUAAAUUGGACCGAAUUUACCCAAAGCCACAGGAGACGUUUACUUUAAUGGGACAGAGAAUUAAGUGACUGCCGAGAGUUGCCCCUGCUACAAUAUAUGGAAUGGACUGUUUGACAGACGAGUAUUAUCACAAUGGAGAAUGUCACAAGUGCCCACAGUGCCCACCCGGCCAAGAGCUGAAAGAGGACUGUGGUUAUGGUGUAGGUGUGCCGGCUGUGUGUGGCGUCUGCGAUGUACGGUGGUUUAAAGAAGACUGGGGUUCUCACCCUUGUGGAUUGUGCCAGAACUGCCGCAGACUCAACAGACACCAAACCAAGCGCUGCACACACACAGACAACGCAGUGUGUGGAAACUGCCUCCCAGGUUUCUACAGCAAAAUGCGGCUGGAUGGAUUAGAAGACCUGGAAUGUCUUCCUUGUGGACCCACCCCUUUCCGAAACAUACAGUGUAGCCGAGGAGAAGUGACUGGUGUGGCAAAAGUCCAGACCUCAGCACCCCCUCUCACAAAUGCUUCUUCCAUUGUGACUGCCUGUGCAGCAACAGCCAUCUUAACAACAUUCCUGUUUGCCAUUGUGUGCGUCACCUACCAGACUCGAGCUUCACUCAGGAAAAAGUGCACACGUUGUUUAUCACCGGCCAGUGACGGUCAUUAUGACAGUAAUGCAGCAUCAGUUGUAAUGUCAACUCUACGCACAGUGACACAGGAUGCAGAAGCGAAUAGAUCAAAUCCCCGCCUGCCGUUUAAUGACAUCACCACUCUGCUGACCUCAGAUCUUCGCCUGCAUGGGUGCGAGGUUCUUCCUCUGGCACCAGAAUCGGCCUCCACUGAUCCUGCGACGGCACUCAUCAGGCAGGCCACAGAAACACCUGAUGUUGGCUCUUCGGACUCUGCCCUCUCCAGCCAGCAUGUCAUUCUCACUCUGCUAGGAGGACAGUCUACUGUGAGACCCUGCUGUGCCGUGGAGCAGCGGGCGGCCUGGGGGCUUCAUGCUCCGGUAGAGUGCUCUGAACUAGACCUUCAGCACCUCUCCAGCAGCCCAGACCUUCAGACAUACAAGCCAGAAAUAUCCCACAAUGUCUGGCCUCAGACUCCAGUGCACCCUCAGGCCUGAUGCUGGAGAGAGAAAGAGAGAGAAGGGAAAGUGGAAAAGCAGAUUGUUAACGUGAGAUCACAGAUGCAUAUGUAAGGUAAUGAGACGUUAAAAGAUCUAUCUCCCACGCUCUGUCCAACUUGUGUUUGAUAUUUAUUUUGUGGAGUUCAUUUAAGUGUGUUAUAAUCUGUUUGCUACGUCAGAAGUAACACCUCAGUGUAGUGAAGUCAUAAUGUGACAGUAAAAGUGACUUUUUUUUUCUCAUGUUGAUAUAGAUUUGAGUUAAACUGUUUAUAGACCAUGAAAAAAGGGGCUUGGUUCCAUCCAUUGGUUGUUGAUUGGAGUGAGGCAGAUCUGAAUGCAAGCCUGUAGUCGAUUUAAGGAAAUGCCUGGCUGAAUUACUCAUAAAAAGAUCAAUAAUGUGUAUCAAUAAUGACGACUUUACAGGAAUAAUUCACCGCAAAUGAAAAUUCUGUCAAUCUUUACCCACUGUUGUGCCAUUCCAAACCCAUAAGCUGCUACAAUUUGACUCAGAGUUUGGAUUCAGACACUUUUCAUUGUUGCUCUCCAAGGAAAAGUCAGAAAACUUGAAAUAGAGCAGACCAUCCGUACAUGUAACUUUUAUAUUCUUUUUAUAGUAAUUAGCCAUGCUUUUUGAUAUUUUAUAGAUGUGGGUGCUAUAUUGUCGCUGGGAAAAACUUUUUAUUAGCUCUUUAAAACGUGGUUUUUCAUUUUUAUUAAUGAAAAUAGAACCACAGGAAUGACACGAGAGAGGGUGAGCAAAUGAUGACAAGUUUUUGGAUGAACUACAGUACUGUUCAAAAGUUGGGUCAGCAAGCUUUUUUUCAAUAAGUUAACAUUGUUAUUCAGCAAGAACACAGAAAAUUGAUUCAAAAUGACAGCAAAGACAGUCAGAUUCUAAUUAAAACCUUGAUUAAAACAGCAUGACUGUUUUCAACACUGCCAACAACAACAAUUGUAACUUUUAUGAACGCUAAAUCAGUGUAUUACAAUGAUUUCUGAUUGUUUAUUUGACACUGAAGACCAGAGUAACAAUGCUGAAAUGACGUCUUUAAACAUACUACACUCUUAAAUAUAUUAACAUAGAAAACUGCUGUUAUAAGUUGGAAUAACGUUUAACAACACUACAGUUAUGACUGUGUUUAAUCAAAUAAGUGCAGCCUGAAUGAGCAAAAGGUUACAAACUGGACCAACCCCAAAAUUUUGAACAGUGGUGUACCUCUUUAAAUUUUGUACAGUAUGUCUCUGCUCAGUAAGCUCACUCCUGCUGUCUUCAAUAAAAGCUCAGGAAAUGGAUCAUAUCCUCCUGAAGCCAAAAGCUACAGGCAGCUGCCACUGCACCUCAGUGAUGCAGGUCAGGUUCUGCAUUGGUCUGAACAUGUUUGCUGCUUUGUGUUCAGUUAAUCAUACCAGACCUGCUGUAAAAUCCUCUUUAACCUCCAGAUACUGUUUACGAUGAUCACUUGAUUUACAACUAACACUACAAUUUUUCUUAUGUCAGUUUAGAAGUACCUGAGAUAUUGUUUACUUUGCGAAGCUUUAUUCAGUUUGGACUAAAUUUUAGCACGCUGCCAAAACAAAUCUAACCGUCUUAUGUUUUAGACAUGCUGCAUUAUCCUAACUUGGCAGCGCAUUACUACUAAAAACCAACAAAACAUGAAAAGCUAUUAAUAUUACUCUACAUUUCAACCCGUGUAAGAAAUUAUUUCAGGGAAAGGAACCCAUUUUAUUUAUUCAUUUUUUAAAGAGGUCAGGUAGAUGUAUAAUAGAUGUCUCAAUAUAGAUUACUUAGCUAAAAACAGAUUAAAAUUUGGGCUGUCGAUGAAAAAAUAGUGCAAAAAAAGACUAGUCAUCAAAUACAAAGGAAUGAAUGACUACAGAAGUCGGUCUAUUUGAUGACUAGUCUAUUUUUGGCCUAAUCUUUUAUUUAGCCUUGCUUUUGCCAGCUGUCUAUAUUUAGAUGUCUCUUAAACAUAAAAAUCUUUAUGAAUAAUUAUCUCAUGCCUCAAAGCUUCAAGUUUAAGAUGUGGUAUGGUGGAUUAGCAUAAUUAACUAUUUAAAAAAUUCAAAUGCAAUAUUGAAAAACUGCUUUAGUCUAAAUCUAGCUUUCUUCUCAUCAGUUGCUUUCAUCUUACUUGAACACCAAGAACCACAUGAUGCUCUGUUGAGACUGUUAAAUGCAUCUUUUCAACACAUUCAUAGCAUCUCUAACCUGUCAGCGCUGCGGGGGAAACUCAUGUGAGCAUGUGUCAAUCACAUUUCCCACUUUUUUAAUUUAAUAGCGGUGCAAAAGUGCAGGUGAUAAAAGGGCCAUUGUAAUUUUAUGCACAGCGUGAACAUUCCAAGAUUCUGGAUGAAGACUUCAAGUUUAAUAGUUGCCCAAUAACUCAGGUUUCACGUACACAACCACUAACGUACAGUAAAUGAACUGCAGAAAGGACAUAAUGUUUUCAAUAUUCGUAAAAACAUUGUUUAAUUUCAUAACAACCGUGCAUGUGCAAACCUGUUUCAAAAUGCAUGCAUUACUGUCCUUUGAAGAAGGCUGCUGUUAUUCGCCUGAGGUGCGAAGCCUAUUGUAAGUACAAAUGAGAAUUAAGACAUCAAGUGUUAUCGUGUGGGCUGAUGCCAGCACUUUAGUCAACAGGUGUGUCUGCGAAUAUACAAAGAUGCGUUUGAGGUGGUUUGGUGGACAGAUGCUGGUUGGAUGUAGCAGAUACUGCAAAAACCGUCUAAUUAUACAAUAUUGCAAUGAAUGCCGAAGACCAAAUGGAUUUUUUACACGUGCGCGGUUUUCCCGAGUGGCAAGCAUCAUUAGAAGGUGUUGGGUUCAUUAAAUUGAGAGUUCACACCAGAUCAUUCCGAAUUGCCUUCCAGGAGGACUAUUAAAAAGUGCCCACGCACAACACUUUCCAGGAGACAUUCCCUAAAAUGGUCCCAUUAUUCACUUCUUAGGCUUUGAGUUUGAAAGUUAAAGCAGAUACAUUCUAUAAAAUAAUGCAACAACAAAAAACAAAUCUUGAAAUGAACAAUUUGAUACAAUCUUCUCUGCUUUAUUCAGGUUAUGUUGAAGUGGAUUUCAAAAACACAUCAGUUUAUUAGACCUAUUUCCUGAGUAGUUUCAGAGUUGGCAUUUUAAGUCGCUGGGAAUGAGGCACAGCGAUGACCUAUUCAAAAUGGACUGCAUCCAAAAAGGCAUUUAAAGCAAUUGUUCCUCUUUUUUCACCUUAGAUAAAUAUUGCUUUUCAUUUAAAAAGCUAAUUUAAUAGCUUGAACAUUUCAGCAUAAAAUGGGAUUUUUUGUACUGUAAAAUGAUGCUAGUUAACAUUUUAUUUUCUGUACGUCUGCAUUGUGAUGUUCUGAUUCUUCAGUGAUUUCUGUUGAUUGUAAUAUAUGUGUGUACUGUAUAUAUAUAUCAGAGUUUUAUUUUUUUCUAAGAUUAUCAUCGGUGUUGAGUGUGGCGUCCUAUUAUGUCAAAGUAAGAAAUAUGAUGUUGUUGCUUUUUUACUGAUUUGUUGACCUGAAUGUAUAAAGUGUUCUUGAAUCAGGACCAGUAUUGUGGAGGACAUGCAAUGGUGCUUUUAUUGUCAGUGUUUUGUUUGAGUAGAUUUCAAAUAAACUGCUUUUUUACUUUUUGA